UAGAAAUUGUAUUGCGUAUUGCGUAUGAGAUUUCUUACGGAUUCGCUUACAAUACCAUUAGACUAAGUUUGCCUCCAAAGCAUACUGCUAGACCGAAAAGGAAAUGCUAACGACGAUGGGGGACCUGUAUCGCAGUUUUGUAAAAUCAUGUGAACAUCUUCCCUGACUCUCUUUACUUCCUUUCAAAUCCAAAGUUGAAAAACUGCCUUAUAUUUAUCCUCAUUCACUUCUCAGCCGGGGUUCAACAAUUCAACAAUAUUAUCAUGAGUUCCCGCGAGUCCGAUUUCGAUGACCUUUCGGACUGCAGCUUGAGCUCAUCCCGCAGCAGCUUUUCUCCCUCGACCCCUGCAACCCCGAAAUCACCCCUACAUGAGACAAAUAGCAUUGAUCUCAUUUGGAAAUGGAACGCGACGGUUCCUUCCACUCUCAAUCGCUGUGUUCAUGAGCUGGUUCAAAACAGAGUCGACUUGACCCCGGAUGCUAUCGCUAUAGAUGCCUGGGACGGGAUCUUGUCAUACCAAGAAUUAGCCUCUGAGGCCUCCCGUUUUGCUCGGCAGCUUUUAGAUUCAUAUCAUGUGGUACCGGGCGAAAAGGUACUUGUUGCGUUGGAACGAGGUCUUUUGAUUCCUGUGGCCGUGCUGGCAAUCAUCCAAACCGGCGCCACCUUUGUUCUUCUCGACACCACAUUACCGGAAUCUCGACUGCGACAGAUAGCUGAAAGAACACAUGCACGGGUCACUGUUACAUCUCAGAGUUUGGCCGCGUUGGCUCAGAGGCUGUCCUCGACUGUAAUGACUAUCUGUAAACCCGGAAGCAAGCCCUCCUCUAUUGCAAUUCCUGGGACGAUCUCUUCAUUAUGCCCCGCCGAUCCUUCUUCCAUACUAUACGUUGUCUUUACAUCGGGAAGCACGGGAAAUCCCAAGGGUAUAGAGGUUUCUCAUUCCAAUUUUGUGUCUGGACUGCGGAAACAGAAUGAAUUGUAUCAACUUAGCCAGGACUCUCGAUUUCUCCAUUUUGCCUCGUACAGCUUUGAUGCAUCUGUACACGAAAUCCUAUUCACUUUGAUACAAGGAGGCUGCCUUUGCAUUCCAUCAGACAUCGAUCGCAUGCAGCGUCUCUCCGCAGCUAUGAACGAGAUGCGGGUCACAAUCGCACAAAUGACUCCCACCAGCUCCCAGUUGAUUGAAGCAGAUCAGGUGCCAACUUUGCAGACCUUGGUUUUAGCGGGAGAGUCCAUGUCCCGGGCAGUGAUUGAGCGCUGGUCUCCUUAUGUCCGCCUCAUCAAUGCAUAUGGACCUGCGGAAUGUGCUGUCUUCAGCACAGGGUAUGCAGUUGAUGUCCACCGCUGUCUUGAGACCGGGACUGUCCCCAUCGGCCGAGGUCAUGGUUGCAUAACAUGGGUGACGGAUCCAGAUAAUGUCAAUUGUCUUACACCCCUUGGAGAAAUUGGUGAGCUUCUCAUUGAAGGUCCCAACGUGAGCUCGGGUUAUUUAGCAGACCCAGAAAAGACGGCGGCAUCGUUCAUUGAAGAUCCCAAGUGGUUGACAGAAGGCGCCCCGCUUGCCGGCAUCAAGGGUCGCCGUGCCCGAUUGUACAAAACCGGCGAUCUGGUUCGAUACACGGAGGAUGGCGACCUGAUUUUCAUUGGCCGUAAAGACAACCAGGUCAAGCUUCACGGCCAGCGGAUUGAGCUAGAAGAAGUUGAGCACCAGAUGCAAAAUGUUCUUUCUAGCGGAAAGACCAUUGCUGAGGUCAUUCAACGUGGAGGUCAGAACAAGGCAGCGCAGUUGGUGGCCUUCAUUGAGGUACCAGACCAAGGACUGGAAAUCAACGGGGAGAGCAUCACAGAUGAGCUUUCCGGUGGCCUUGAUCCUAUUUUCGGCGCGGUCAAUGCCGAAUUUCAACAGCUCGAGGAGUCAUUGCUCUCCACCCUCACGAAAAGGCUUCCUUCUUAUAUGGUCCCCUCUGUCUGUUUACCAGUCGCCAGAUUUCCUGAGACUCCCUCGGGAAAGCUGGACCGUAAAUAUCUGCGAGAAGCGGGGCGGGCACUUUUGGACGUUUUACUCCAGAGGCGCGUCAUGGAAAGCCCAUCUCAACCCUCGUGGAGGUCCGAGCAGGUCAUUAUGCGGGAUUUGUGGUCACUAAAUCUCGGCAUCGACAGUCAGGAAAUUCGCCUCCAUGAUCAUUACUUCCGACUGGGAGGAGACUCAGUGUCUGCCAUCAAGUUAAGCGUCGCAGCCCGCCGGAGGAACGUCUUAUUGGAUGUGAAGGAUAUUCUUGGUUAUCCGAAGCUGUCCACCAUGGCCACCAGGAUGCGCGAGGACAAGAAGUCCGACGAUCAAAUUGAUCCCAUGGCCCCAUUCUCUUUGAUCCCAAAAGACGACGGAUCGUCUCUUAUCGAAGAAGCUGCCAAAGCUUGUCAAAUCUCCGAGGCUCGGGUUGAAGACAUUUAUCCCUGCACACCACUACAAGAGGGGCUCAUGGCGCUCUCAGAACGGCAGCCCGGUCAGUACAUAACGCGUGAAGUUCUGAAAGUCCAUCCACGAACAGACUUAAUCCGGCUUUGCGCAGCCUGGGCAACAGCAUUCAACUUGAACGCGAUCAUGCGCACAAGAAUUGUUCAAACAUCUGCAGGAUUGGUCCAGGUUGUUGUUCGCCAUGAUCUAGACUUUGCCAGCCGUGAUACAGUAGAGGCCUGCAGUUCUGACGACGUGGAAUUUGGGCUUGGGUCUCCUCUGACUCGGUUGCGGGUUGUUCAGAGAUCCAGUCAAAGUGAGAGCUCGUAUAUUGCUCUGUUUGCCCAUCACGCUGUCUGUGACGGUUGGCAGGCUCGCGCAGUGAGUGAACAGGUCGAGGAAAUAUACAAGGGUCAAUACGACUCUUCCCCUCCUGGCUUCAACGCGUUUGUCCGUUACCUGUCUCGUGUGGACAAGGACAAAGAGACCGAGUAUUGGCAAAAGACGUUGAGUAAUGGUGAGGUUCCAAGCCAUUUCCCCACAAUUCCCCCUGGUAAAACAGCCGGAUGGGCCAACCAAACACAACAUCGGGAGAUCCAGGUUGACUUCGAGUCCCCGGAAAGGGGCACGGAAUAUACGCUUCCGACAUAUAUUCGUCUGGCAUGGGCCUUCUUGUCAUCCAAAUAUACCACCUCUGAUACAGUUGUCUUCGGUGCAACCGUCACUGGCCGGAAUGCCCCGGUUCUGGGCAUUAAUGAUAUCGUGGGUCCUACCAUUGCUACAGUCCCGCUCAAGGUGGAUCUGGAAAAGAAUAGUACUAUACGCGCAUCUCUCAAGGCGAUGCACCAACAAACCGUCGAGAUGAUUCCUUAUGAGCACACUGGUCUACAGCGGAUACGCAAGCUGAGUGAGGUAGUGGAGGCUGCUUGCGACUUUCAUGCCCUGCUAGUCAUUCAGCCUACUCCAAUCGCACAAGACCCUAUGGCACCUCAAAAUCGAGUGGAAGAUGAGGACGACUUUUUGCUCACUUUCAGCAACUAUCCGCUGGUUGUGGAAUGUACCCUUCCAGGCCCAGGAACUGGACUGGGAGUACGCGUGGCCUUCAAUGAUGAGAUCGUCGACCCGGAACAUAUUGACCGAAUGUUGUUGCACCUGGAGCACGUCUUGAAAGUGUUCUUGUGUAAUCCAGAUCGUGAACUGCGAGAUGUUGACAUUAUCAUUCCGCUGGAGGUGGAGCAGCUACGGGUGUGGAACAGCCCGCUUCCCCAGUCCGAGGAUCGGUGUAUUCACGAUCUGAUCUGGGAGCAGUUGGCCAGCCAACCCUCAGCCGAGGCAGUAUAUGCAUGGGAUAAAUCACUGACAGCAGAGUCACUUGCUCAUUUCUCUCUGAGACUGACCAAUUAUCUGCAAAGUCUUGCUAUCGGCCCCGAAGAUUAUCUGCCUCUCUUCUUUGACAAGUCCUCCUUGACCAUCAUCAGCAUUCUUGCGGUGUUAAGCAGCGGCAACGCAUGUGUUACUCUAGACAGAAAGCAGCCAGAUCAGCGUCUCAUUGAGAUCGUGCAACAGACUGGAGCAAAAUACAUGCUCGUAUCGGAGAAGCACAAUGGGAUGCUUGAAAUCGACGGGGUGACGCAAAUCGUCAUCAGUUAUGCUGAAUUAGAGAAGAUGCCUCUCCCUUCACUUGACGAGCUAUUCUUUACCCCCCUCGCCAGUCCAGAAAGCCCUGCGUUUCUCAUUUUUACCUCUGGAAGCACGGGCAAGCCUAAAGGCAUCAUCCUCGAGCACCGCAAUCUGUCUUCGACGACUCUUGCUCACGCAGCCAACAUGAAUAUUGUGCGCGGCGCCCGUGUCCUUCAAUAUGCUUCUCCAUCAUUUGAUGUCAGCAUCUACGAAAUUCUGAUGACAUUAGCGAUGGGUGGAUGCCUUUGCGUUCCAUCUGAUUAUCAGCGGAUGAAUACCCCUGGCGAAUUCGCCCGCGAAGCAGAGGCUGAAGUUACGAUUAUUUCGCCCACCGCCAUUCGGUCAAUGAGGCCCGACGAAGUGCCAUUACUAAAGACCGUCGUAUUGGUCGGUGAGGCUAUUCCCCGUGAUGUAGUGGAAACUUGGAGCCGCUCUUCCUUGGUGAUGAAUGGAUAUGGCCCGGGCGAAUGCACUUUUUGCUCGACUACUCCGAUCGACACCCAAAAAUGGUCUCUGGCAACCGUCGGACAUGCAGGAGGCUGUGUGUUCUGGAUCACAGACCCGACGGACUACAACCUUUUGGCACCCAUCGGAGCUGUGGGUGAAAUCCUCAUUGAGGGUCCCGUUGUCGGCCGUGGCUAUCUGAACGACCCAGAGAAAACGGCCGCCGGCUUCAUAAACGACGCUAAAUGGUUAAGCCACUUCCGGGAAAAUGGUCGCGGGAGGCUCUAUCGAUCUGGAGACUUGGGGAUGUAUAAUUCAGAUGGCUCGGUGGUGUAUAUGGGUAGGCGGGAUAUGCAGGUGAAACUACGAGGCCAGCGUAUCGAGAUGGGAGAAGUGGAGUUCAAUAUGCAGCGCCUACUACCAAGUGCUACGAUCAUCGUCGAUGUGGUCAAAUAUGGUGAAAAUGAGCGAGUCACAGCAUUUCUGGCUCUUUCUCAAAUGGAGUGUUUCACAAAUGCGAUGACAGCAACGUCACCUUCAUCUAUCUUGCUCCCUCCUGCUCAGCGGAUCGUUCAAGCAGCACAGCUGUCCGCCGACUUGGGCCAAGUACUGCCUUCAUACAUGAUUCCCUCGGUAUACCUUCCCCUUGCGAGGAUUCCGACAACCUCGUCCGGCAAGAUAGAUCGAAAAACACUGAAACAUGCGGCCAGCAGCCUGUCGCCGGUUGAUAUCAUGGCUUACAGCGAAGAGCGAUCCUCUACGACAGAGCCAUCUACCACUGCCGAAUUGGCCCUCCAGAAAAUAUGGGCAAGCUUGUUGAAGAUCAACCCAGGCGCCAUUAAACGAGAGACCGACUUUUUCCAAGCUGGUGCUGACUCUGUGGAAGCAAUGAAGCUAGUCAGUAUGGCGCGUCGAGAAGGGCGGACACUCAAUGUCGCUCAAAUUUUUGCCAGUCCGCGACUAUGCGAUAUGGCUCUCCACUGGAAUUCUCAAAGAGACAAUAAGGAUGAUGCGCUGGAGAAGGAUUGGCCUGCGUUCACUUUACUGGAGGAUCUGGAGACAGAGACAUUCAUCGAACGUAACAUUUGCGAGCCUCACUCGAUCCCCCGGGAGAAGAUCAAAGAUAUAUAUCCGGCUACUUAUGAUCAGAUCGUGGCGUAUAGCAUCAACCAUACGGUGUACGCGCACUUCGAAGUUGAUGAACGAUUGGAUCGGGAUCGCAUCGUCGAAAGUUGGUUGCAGGUUGUCCGCCAGCAUGACAUUUUGCGCACCGUGCUUGUUCCAGCUGGCAAUAAUCAAUACUGGGCCGUGGUUCGAACCGGCGAUGUCUUCGACGUUGAUUAUCGAAUGAUCGGAGAUGAUUCUGAACUUCAACAAAUUAUCGAUGCUGAUCAUACAUCCGGCCUUCACCCCGGUUCAUUCCUUGGCAAAUUAUUUGUGCUCGAGUCUGCCAACAACGGGAAAGCCAUUAUCGUCCUCAAGAUGAACCAUACCAUUUUCGAUGGAUCAUGUUUUGCAUUAUACUGGUCCGACUGGCAAUCAGCCUAUGAGCAGGGCAUCGUGCCGAUCCGCCUGCAGUACCAGGAUGUUCUGUGUUCCCGCCGACGGAUUGACUCUCAUGCGGCAGCGAAACAGUACUGGGGUGACAUGCUCCACGGCCUAGAAAUGUAUGAUCUACCAGCCAUCUCCGGAGACUCGAUCCCAGAGUCUGUGCGAGGCCCUCAUAAGAUUUCCCAGUGCCUCACCGGCAUCUCUCCACCGGCCGAAGUCGUUCUCGACUCCUUCAUCAAGGCCGUUUGGGCUAUCACACUGGCCAGUCUUUCAGGAAAGAGGGACGUCGGGUUCUAUCAUAUCUCAAAUGGGCGGCGCCUCGGCGGCAAUCGGACCGAGGAGGCUGCCGGUCCCCUAAUGCAAUGGUUCCCCGUGCGGGCCCAAUUACAGUCUGACUGGCGGCUGGUUGAUUUAUGCCGCUUCCUGCAAGAGCAGGACAUGCGGAGCCUCCCACAUGAACUUCUCACGGGCACGGAACUCUGGGAGGUGGCAGGAUGGAACGGUACUUUUUCGGGAACCCUCAUUGAUCACGUCAAAGAUGACAUUGAGUCCAGCUUGUCCUUCGAUGGAAUACAAUGCGGGCCCUCGAUGGAAUGGCGGGGUGAGAAUCAGGAUGAAAACGCCUGCCUGGUGAGAUCCAAAGGUGAUCAGCUUGAGAUUACCUUGUUUACAAGUUGGAAUGUACACAGAGUGGUGGCGGAACAAGUGCUGGAAGUAUAUUGUGAGCAAUUGCGGUAUUUCUCGAGCCACUCGGAGGAUUCUGUCUUUUAAUGCUUCUAGUUUGCCGUCUUUUCUCUGCUACAUGGAUAUUUUAUUCCAUAGCCUCCCGAGUACUAUUCUUUGAUAGCUCUCAAUUGUAUAUAAUCGCUAAUUAUGGUCCAAAUAUCACCUCAAAGUCGCCGUCAACCCAAAUUUGAAUUGCCAACUCUGCAAUCAUCUCAGAGAAAAUAAAUAGAGAAUCAGGCGGGAAUUGCCCUGUAUAGGGAAUAUAGGGAAC